GUACCAGUACCGGUACCGGUACCGGAGAGAGGGAAAACGAAAGACACUUGGUUGGCGGCGGACGCAGCGAUCUCUCCAGGAGGGAAUUGUGAAGCAAUCAUGAGAGAUGUCGAAGAGAGCACGGCUGAGGUGGAUGCACCCAACGGCAUCAAGUGCCUGGUCCGGCUCAUGGACACGGGAGAUGACGAAGACACACAAAUUUUGCUGGACCUGUCCUCUCUACCUUUGGAUACCACGGUUGCCUCGGUAAAGGAAAAAGUCAAGGCGAAAGCAGCAAAAGAAUUGCCUUCUGUCGACUUGGCAAUUGAGGCGCAACGCCUCUUCCUAAAUCGAGACAGAGAUAAUAUAUUCGACUGUCCAGAUGUUUGGCGCAAAGCCAUAACCGACGAUUGGCUGGAAAUUCGAUCAUUCCAGGAGUAUUUUUUCGAGACUCCAAACUCUUCAAGCAAAAGCAUUCUAUUCAACCUUUACCAUGCGCAAGUUGAUGUGCAUGUGGAAGAUCCCAAUGGUUCAAAACAAGCACUCACGCUAAGACUGCACAGAUGCGUCUCUGUUUCGGAGUUACAAGAAACAAUUCAGAAAGCUUCAGGAGUCCCACAUGCACAGCAAUACCUCUAUUACAGCAACUGGCCAAUCGUGUCGCAGCAAAUUAGAUUCUGCCUGGACAGAGAGCAAACAGUGAUCUGUGAUAGCAGACUGAACGACUACGGUGGCGACUACGGCGGCACUGAAGACGCCUACUUCAUCCAAAUGAUGCCCUUUUGUGCCUUGAUUCAUACCUUGGCUGGUGGCACCAUCCAAGUUGGUUUUCAGACUGCAUCAGACACAUUGGCUGAUCUAAAAAUCCGUCUGCAGCAUGAACCUCCAUACUCCCUUGGGCCAGUGGAAGAGCAGCAUCUCUUCUUGGAUGGAUCUCUGUUGGGAGACGACGGAAUUUCAAUGAGCUCAAUAUAUGAUGGGAGCGGGGCUCCAUUGAAGCUGUAUCUGAUACAUACAUCUGACAGCAACAUUCUUGAUGCUUCUAACCUGUGGGAGCAAGCGAGCUUUUCUAUUCCCCAAACAGAGUACCGGGCCAUAUCACUGCGACAACUGAAGCAGCUGGUUGCUUACAUCCUUCGUCACUGUGUGCAAAAUGGAUGGAGAAAUACCUUGUCGCAUCAGCUUCUUCAGCCCGAAAACCUUUCGCUGUAUGAUUUGGUUGACCAUUUGGUUAAACCUUUGACCGUAAAAAAUCAAUGCAGCUACGUCGAGCUCGUGGCAUCUGAACCUCAAAAGCCCAAAUGGUUUGUUUCUCAUGCGUGGAGUGGGACCUUCAUCGAGUUGGUGGAUUGUUUGGAUCGGCAUGCAAGGGAUCGUGGCAUGGAUGUGGACGACCCUUCAACAACCUACUGGGUCUGUGCGUUUGCGAACAAUCAACAUCGUCUUGACGGCGAACUGCCAGGUGACAGCUCACAUGAGAAUUAUCUACAAACUAUUCCUUUUUAUCGGGCAAUCAAUCUUGCAGAUGGGACUGUCUCCAUUGUAGAUACAAAGGCAACCUGUUACACCCGAAUCUGGUGUGUUUUCGAAGUGGCGAUUUCCACGGGUGUCCUCACUAAAGCAAACUCCGACAGGAGUGACAUUCAGGGCAAGCAAUCGGACCACCAUCUCUACGACGUAUACGCUAUUACUGGAGGACAGCAAUCUCGAGCAAUUGGGCUUACUGAUGGGUUAGCGCAUGUUGAUCGAAGUUGUCCUCCUGCGCAACUGGCGCGCCAGCAAGAUUUCCCGAUGGAAAUUUGCCAGAGGGCGUUGGACAUCCAGCUCGAACAUGCCAAUGCAACUGUGGAUCAGGACAAAAAGAGGAUCCUGCAUUACAUAUGCAGCACUGAAAACAAUAGGCAAGGUGUUGCAGGAGGUUUGGACAACGUUGAGGAUCCACCAACGUCACACCCUGGAUAUGAGAGAGUCAAUGCCUUGUUGAAUGGUUUCUUUGCGAUUUCAAGUUAUCGGAAUGCUCUUGAACAAGGCAAUGACAUGGCACAAUACCGAUCUGCCCUCUCUAAGCACCCGGAACUGCAGAGCUUGAAUUUAUUUCUCAGGGGCUGCCAGGCGUUCAAGGAUGAAGCGCUCUACUUUAUGCAGUCCUUACCUCCAGCUUCUCUUCGCAGAUUAGAGCUUGACUAUGGCGACAUUGGUUUUGAAUCAAGCGAUCAGUUUGCUGUCGGUUUAGGCCGACUUGUGCAACUGAAGACUUUCGAGUUAACGGUGGGGGGUGUUAUGAAUGACAGUUGCCUGAGGUGCACAAACCAUCUAUUUUUGGAAUUGCAACAGCUCACCGGCUUGAGGGAACUGGAAUUGACAUUCUCCCUUCGUGGUGAAAAGCUGCUGAUCAACUCAUUUUGCCAAAUUGGGAGGCUCACAAACUUGAAGAAAUUGCAUUUGGCCUUUUCUGGAGACGUUGAACAUCCAGACAACCUUGAUGGCCUGGCGUCGCUUGUCAACCUUGAGGAGCUCACGUUGAAUCUCAAAAGAAUGAAAUCCAUUGGAGGCUUGCGGUCACUAUCCAACUUGAAGGUUUUGAUGUUGAGCUGGGAACGGAACUGCAACUUGACGGCAAACGAAUUCUUUGAACCUCUCGAGUCCAUGUCUAAGUUGGUGAAACUUGAGCUAUGUCCUCCUACCUCACUCGCUGAAUUGAACGCCCCUCUGCUGGGCUCCAUUACAUCCCUGCGGGAAUUGAGUCUGAUAUUCAACAACUUACAGGUGACUUCGAUGCAUCUUCAUCUUGGGCCGCUUUCAUGCCUGGACACUUUCGUAUGUAGUGUGGACGACAGCCAACAGUUGCAAUCAAUUGACUUCUUGGCGGCAUGCAUUGCGACUAUGUCUGAUCUGAGGGCUUUGCGUCUGUCAAUUUUAAAGUGUGGUAUUGAAGCCGUCUCCCCUUUGUCCGAAUCUUUGUCAGGUUUGGCUUCGUCUAAGCUCGAUUUGUUUAUCAGUGAUUGCAACAGCGUCUCAAGAGAAGAUUUCCGAGAUCUUUGGAGGUCCAUUGCUUCCAGCUCUUCAAAGUUGAAGGAACUGGAGGUUUUUUGUUAUGCCAAUGCCUCCGAGGAAGAGACUUGUUUCAUGUCGGCGAACUCUGUCCAGAGUUUGCUUGAUGAAGUUGUUGAAUGGUCAAAGUAACAGUGGCUCCUCUGGGAGCUUCGUUUUUGCUUGUCGCUGUCUUCAGUGCGGGCUCUCUGAAGACGAAGGAGCAAAAUGCUUGGCGAUGGACUGAACCGGGGCAUGCUCAAGACGCAGCAAACCACGGCAGGUAGCUACAUGUAGUGCGGACGGAUGCAACGAACCAUGACAUGCAUGGUCACUGCUUUUGCUUCAGUGUUGUUGUUCGGUGUCUUUUGGUGUGAAGUCUUUGAAGACGAAGGGGCAAUAUGCCUGGGACAAAGGAGGGGACCGGGUGGACGGACAUCCGACUAGAGGGCUACCGGCUAAGAGGGCUACCAGCAAAGAAGCCACUCGGAGCAGGAAAGAUGACAAAGCUGGUUGCUUUCGCCCUUCCUUCACUUGAGCUCGACGGAGAAGCUACUCUCCCGGAGAUUUUAAAGGAGAGAUUAUUGCUAACCAUGUUGUAGUGGGGGGAUGACGAGUUCAAAAGUUCUGUGCCCUCUGUAAGGGCACCUCGUGUUUUCCCUGACUGUGUCAUGUUGGCUAGCUAUCUAUAGUUAGCACUAGAGGCAUGACCCCCAAUGGAAAAACACAAAUCUAGUACUUUGGGUGUACGAAUCUUUCGUCUAUAGCCAUGAUAGCCAAGGCACCACUUUCGCCACCAUUUCGCUGCGGAUCGACUUGAAUGGAAUUCACACCUCGGCGAGUUGGGGGCGAAUAUCCAGUACGUCUUGGUAUUGAUAUUCAAUACAGUUUGGCCAACAGGAAAUCUACUCGUCAUCAUCAUCGUCGUCAUCAUCGUCUUCAUCCUCGUCGUCAUCAUCAUCAUCGUCUUCGCCAGGCUUGAUGGAUCUCGCAUUAAACUUGUCCCAGCUCGCAAUAGUCUCCUCUUUGGAAGCUGAGCCGUGACCAUGAGAAUCGUGAGGGGCAAAAGGAUCCUCUACGUGAUCCCAAGGGUGUCGGAAUCCCAAGAUCCAUGGCAAAUCCUCACGAGCCCUGCUAAAGACCCACAACCAACAAAUCACUCCAAAGACUUCUGCAGCCGUGCCCAUCAUGGCAGGGCUGCCCUCCAUGGCGGCACCUCCUCCACCCAUGGUACGCCUCUGCACUACCGCUGUUGUAGUGGUGGAUGGCCCUCGACGCAUUCGUCGAACCGAUGUCCUACCAAUGGUGCUUGCCGCUCGAGACAACAUGGUGGCGAUACUAACUAGUCAAUAGAUAAUAGAAACAGUUGACAAUCCAAAGGAACUAGCG